AUGCGCGCACGUGGGCCGCUGCAGCGCAGCAGCCGCGCAACCGCCGAGCGGGUAGGCUGCUGCAGCGCGUUGACUCGCUUCGCACAUCUGAACGAGCGGCAGCAGCAGCAGCCGCCCCAGCAGCAGCAGCAGCAGCAGCAGCAGCAGCAGCAGCCACAGCAGCAGCAGCAGCAGCAGCAGCAGCAGCAGCAGCAGCAGCAGCAGGUGCUGCCUCACCUCCUUCGCCGUUUCCGAGAUCGUCAAGGCCUCGUGGAGCGCGAGCUGCAGCGAGAGAGUCAGCAGCAGCAGUUUGGGGGUUUGACCCAGCAGCAAGACCCCCCCGCAGCAGCAGCAGCAGCAGCAGCACCUCGAGCAGCAGGAGCCGCUGCAGCAGCAGCAGUUUGGGGGUUUGACCCAGCAGCAAGACCCCCACCCCCCCCCACAGCAGCAGCAGCAGCAGCAGCAGCAUUGCAGCAGCAGCAGCAUUGCAGCAGCAGCAGCAGCAGCAUUGGAGCAGCAGCAGCAGCAGCAGCAGCACCUCGAGCAGCAGGGGCUGCUGCAGCGGGGCGCAGCACACGCAGGGCUGCUGCAGCGCAGCAAAAGAGUCUUCGAGUUGCUCCAGCAGCAGCCGCUCGCCUGCUGCGUGUUGGUCGACGGCCAGCAGCAGCAGCCCGUCCAGCAGCCCCAGCAGGAAGUUUUGCUGCACCUGCGGCGCUGCUGCAUGGCUUUCCCCACACUGGCCAGCAGCAGCAGCAGCAGCAGCAGCAGCAGCAGCAGCAGCAGCAGCAGCAGCGGCAGCAGCUGCAGCAGCCAGUGGAGGCUGGCUCGGCAGCGGCAGCCAGUGAAAGCUGGCGCAGCAGCAGCAGCCGGGCUGGCUCAGCAGCAGCAGCAGCAGCAGCAGCAGCAGCAGCAGCAGCAGCAGCAGCAGCAGCAGCAGCAGCCGCACCUGCGAGAUCAGCUUGA